AUUACCAGAAGAAGAAGAAAUGAAUGUGAUGUUUCUGUUUUGUUUUACAGUGAAGAAAAUGUGUGGAAACUUUGUGAAUACAUCCAGAGGCAGAAUCAGUACCCUUUAGAAGAAUUUUAUGCUGUUUUCAUUUCUAAUGAUAGAAGGAUGGUGCCACUUUGGAAGCAGCAGGCCGGGUGUGGAGGAGAACCUGUCGUUUGGGAUUACCAUGUGAUUUUGCUUCAUGUGUCGAGUGGAGACCAGAACUUUAUUUAUGAUCUUGACACUGUGCUUCCUUUCCCCUGUCCCUUUGACACCUACAUUGAAGAGGCGUUCAAAUCAGACAGCAUUAUUAAUCCUGGAUAUCGAAGAAAAGUCAGAUUGAUUCGAGCUGAUGUGUAUCUGAAGAUGUUUGCUUCCGACCGAUCCCACAUGAAGGAUGCCAGUGGAAACUGGCUGAAGCCUCCACCUCUCUACCCGUGCAUUGAAACUGCAGACUUCAAGAUGAACCUGGACAGCUUCAUCAGUAUGAAUCCAGAUGUUGGCUGGGGAUCCGUCUUUUCACUCCAUGACUUUGUGCAGGCCUUUGGCAGAACUGAUUUUGAGCAUACCAUGUAGGAUGGCAGAAUAAUUCAAACUGAGGCACUGAUUUUUUUAAAAAAUGUUUAUUUAUUCAAAUAGAUAUACAUUUGCAAGUGUUUGUUGCAUACAGUGCAAUACACUCCAUCUAUUAAUGUUCCUUAAUCAUUUCUGAGAUAAUAUAUUUCCUUUAAGGGGUCACAAUCUACUAUCUAAAUAAUACAUAUAACAAUAUCAUAGACUCUUACUUAACACCCACUUCCUCCUUAUCUACAGUCUUAUAGGAUCCUCUGUAUACAUUUUUAGUUUAAUUUUACAUUGGAAUGUUGAAUCAUUGGUUGCCAUUAAUUAACAAAGCUAAUAGUUCUCUUAAUGAUACAAUUAUUUUAUCCAUUAUCAGCAUAUCUGUAAUAUAUUUUCCCCAUUUUUCUAAAGGGGGUAUCUCUGGGGUUUUCCAAUACCUGGCAUAUACUAUUUGAGCUGCCAGUGUUGUGUAAAACAAAUUAUUUCCAAAUUUUCUUUCUAAUUCUUCGUUGGGCAUAUUCAAAAGGUACGUUUGUGGUGAAGGCACUGAUUUUGAUGAUGAGAGCUGACAGUAUGUUUAUUUGGUAAUUGGAGUAAUAAUAUUCUUGGUUUGGAGGGGAAAAAAGAAUAUAUGUAAUGAAUUAAAACUUUUUUUAAAAAAAAUUAAAAAA